GUGUAGGGUGUGAUGGAAGCUGAGACCCCACCUCCUCAAAGCACACAUAACUAGGGAUGGAGCAUGAGUGGCACUGACCGUGACCCUUCUCUACUGUGCAGAGCCAGGGAUGCUUUUGCAACCCAAUGCUUUCCAUUCCUUGAUGGGAAGACCAUCACUGCAGGCUUCGGAGAGACUUCACACCACUGUGACUUCCCUGCAGGAGUUGGGAUAGCCACAAAUACCACCUGAGUUGUGGAACUCAUCCCAUGGGGUGGAGUGGCCAUGAGAGCACAGAGCUUAGAUUGGAGCCUGGCACUGGCCCUGACUCAUUGGGUGACUGCAGAGCGAUGUGCCUCGAUUUCCCCUGUGCUUAAUUGGGAAUAAUAACAGCCCCCGCAACUCUGCCCUGCUCUACACCAUGCGUCUCCCUGAGAUGAAAGGAUUUCAGAGGACUUCCCAGAUGCUAAUUAAGAACGUUUGGAUGACAGAGCACGAUGCUAUCAUCAGGCGUAACCACCUCCCAGGACCAUGCACUAUUAUGGGGAGAGGUACAAACAGCUGUACCUGCCGGGCUCCAGCUACGUCACCGAAAGCCACCAGCAUUGCACAUCCCAGCCUGAUGCAUGCAGCACCACCUGCCACCCGCUGAGCAUCAUCAAGAGCCCUGUGCCCAGAUGGCAGAGCUAUGUGCAGCCUUUCACCUAUGUGUGCUCACAACCCAGUGUGACCCACAACACGCUGCUGCCCUGCCAGCCUUGUGUGCAGCAGUGUGUUGUGCUGUGCCCAGAGCCCUGUGAAAACACACAUCUGCUGCCCUGUAGGAAGCCCAGUGUGCGGCUCGGCCCAACACAAGUUCUGCAGUCCUGUGAGAAUGGCCACUUGGAGAAGAAACGUGUGGCCAAGAGCCUCCCACCCUGUGCUCCACGGUGCCCAGAGCCAGGCAAACUCAAGUACCCACCAUGUGGGAUCAGGUAUUCAUCCUCCUGCAAGAAUGAGUGCAGGUCAAAGAAGGUCUCCAGGUGCUCAUCGCAGAGGUAUGGUGCAGAGAACCGCUGCCUGCAAGGGAUGACCAGUGGCUAUUCCCUGCCACUUCGAGGGGUCACCGAGUGCCCCCCACAGCAGUGCGUGACACAGUGCUUCCUGGAGGAGUACAUCAGCCCUUUCCCACACCAGAAGUGUUCCAAGGGUUAUCCAAUGCAGGAGUGCAUCACCACCUGCACCCCACAGCAAGUGCCCAAGUGCCCCCCUGGGAGCGGGGCCAAGGGGAGCUCAUCCCAGCAGCGCCUUGCCAAGUGCUCAUUGCUGCAGGAGGGAGCCAAGCAUAAGAGCUCAUCAGCUCAGCACAUCAGCAAGUCUAAGUGCCUCCACCCAUGUGCCACCCAGCGCUCACCACGGCACCAUGCAGGGGACGUGAAGCGUUCGAGCCACUCCAAGAAGAGCCGCUGUGCUUCCAAAUGGCUCUGGUGAAGGGGCUGAAGGUGCUGUGACAACAGCAAACCACGUAGCUGGGGCCUGAGGUUGUGUUUUCCCCUGUUCCUAACCCCUGGAAGUGCUUUGCCCAGUCUUUCCCUUAUUGUAAUCAACGCUAACCUUUGUAUGCUACCUUGCCUUCCUCCUGUGGUUCCCCUGUAGUUAUUCCUGCAACAGAAUUUAUGUUAACGAGAUGCUAAGUAGCUCUGAGCAGGUGCUCAGAUUUGAGCUUUGAGCUGAUCCAACUCUGCCAUGGCAUUUGCACUCCAAGAGGUUGUUACUGUUAACUUCAUCAGUGAUUUUAACUGGUUGUGCCCACUGUAUUAAAUCUCAGGUUGCAACCAGAUCCCUGCUGUCUGUUGUCUCAUUCGUUUUCCUUGUGUUUCUGUCUCUUUAUUUUAAUGUUUCCAACACCAGCUGACAAAACUGCUCCCUGUUGUUUUAUUUCUCUUCUUUGCAAAGCUUUUAGGGCUAGAGAGGCUUACAGUAGAGGGAAAUGAUCCUGAUGCUGGACAGUUGGGCAGAGAUACAGCAAAAGCAGCAGCACAGAGUAAGGCUUCAUUAGUGAAAUGAGACUCAUUAGCAGCUCUCUGCUGUAAUUUCACUGCAGCUGUGUAAAUUAUGAAUUGGGUUCUGUGGCACAGCCCCUGGGAUAGCAGA